AGGAAAUUCCGCGCAGGCGCGCAUCAUUCUUCAGAAUAAAGGAUACGUCAGAAUUUUGCAGUCGAGACGACAACUUUUGUGUCCGUUUCAAAUGUAUUACUACUGGUAUGAGGCCGGUAACAUCAACAGUGAGGACAAGCCCAGCCCUCCUCUCUCCUUCUGCACUGAGUCCAAACCUACAGUCACUGGGUCCUGAUUGUGACAGUGGAGCCCAGUUUGCACUGCAGGAACCAGAGAUGGCAUCAGUGAAGCUGGAAGACUGCAGUCAAUCACUGGAGCUGAAUGUCAACAUUAAAGAUGAAGAAGAGGAGGAGAAGAUUGGGACAUCUGUUACUCAUGGACGACUAGAAUUAAGUCUGAGACCGGUAACAUCAACAGUGACAACAAACCAAGCCUGCCUCUCUCCUUCCACACUGAGUCCAAACCUACAGUUACUGGGUCCUGAUUGUGACAGUGGAGCCCAGUUUGCACUGCAGGAUCCAGAGAUGGCAUCAGUGAAGCUGGAAGACUGCAGUCAAACACUGGAGCUGAAUGUCAUCAUUAAAGAUGAAGAAGAGGAGGAGAAGAUUGGGAAAUCUGUUUCUCAAGGAAACCAUGGAGAGACAUUCUCUACAUUCAGAGAGCAACAGCAGGAAGAUCACAGAGCAAAGAGGUCUCACCUCUGCCCACAUUGUGGGGAGAUUUUCUCAUUUCUAUCAAAGCUGAAAAUACACCUAAAAAUACACUUAGGAGAGAAUCUGUAUUCCUGUACUGACUGUGGCAAGGAUUUCACAACAUUAAAGGUUCUGAUAUUUCAUCAGAGAGUGCAUGAACGGAUACAUACAGGAUUGAAGCCUUACUUCUGCUCUGACUGUGGAAAGAGUUUCUCACGACUGGACACCUUAAAAAGACAUGAACAUAUACAUACAGGAGAGAAGCCUUACUCCUGCUCCGACUGUGGGGCAAGUUUCUCUCGACUGGGCCACCUAAAAACACAUGAAGGUAUACAUACAGGAGAGAAGCCUUACUCCUGCUCUGACUGUGGAAAGAGUUUCUCUCGACUGGGCCAUCUAAAAACACAUGAACGUAUACAUACAGGAGAGAAGCCUUACUCCUGCUCUGACUGUGGGAAGAGUUUCUCUCUACUGAGCAACUUAAAAGCACAUGAACGUAUGCAUACAGGAGUGAAGCCCUACUCCUGCUCUGACUGUGGAAAGAGUUUCUCUCGACUGGGCCACCUAAAAACACAUGAACGUAUACAUACAGGAGAGAAGCCUUACUUCUGCUCUGACUGUUUAAAAUGCUUCACAACAUCAAAUGACCUGAAAGUUCAUCAGAGAACACACACAGGAGAGAAACCUUACUCCUGCUCUGAUUGUGUAAAAUGCUUCACAACAUACUCUGGUCUUGAAAGUCAUCAGAGAACACACACAGGAGAAAAGCCUUAUGCCUGCUCUAAUUGUGUAAAAUGCUUCACAUCAUCAACUAACCUAAAAAUUCAUCAGAGAACACACACAGGAGAGAAGCCUUACUCCUGCUCUGACUGUGGAAAGAGUUUCUCCCGACUGGGCAACUUAAAAAGACAUGAACUUAUACAUACAGAAGAGAAGCCUUACUAAUGCUCUGACAGUUGAAAGAGUUUCUCCCAACAGGGCAACUUAAAAAUACACAAACAUAUACAUAAACUUUACAUUAACUGUGGGAAGUGCUACACAACGUCAACUGAGCAAAAAGUUCACCCAAUAGGACACACAGGAGAGAAGCCUUGCUUCUGCUCUGACUGUGGGAAGAGUUUCUCCCAACGGGGCAACUUAAAAAUACACCAAUGUAUACAUAAAUUAGAGAAGCCUUACUCCUGCUCUGACUGUGGGAAGAGUGUCUCCAGAUUGGCCACCUUAAAAACACAUCAAUGUAUCCAUAAAGGUGAGAAGCAUCAUCAGUUGUCUCAGACCAGCCAAGAUUAGUCACUACAUCACCUCAUUCUCAUCUCAUAAAGGAAGUGGUAACAGUGAAUUUGAUAACAUUAACACUCUAUUGUAAUCAUAUUUUUUUUCUCACUGUGUUAACUGUGCAGAGGAAAGGGAGCAUUAUAGAAUGUCAUUGUAAAUGAUCUUUCUCCAUCUUUUUUACUACAAAACAUAGAAAUGCAUCAACUUGUACUUUAGCAUUUUAGCUAAUAAGCAACUGCAACAACAUUGCAUGACCAAAAGUAUGUGGACUCCUGCUCGUUGAACAUCUCAUUCCAAAAUCAUGGACUUGGUGCCCCUUUUGCUGAAAUAACAGCCUCACUCUUCUGGGAAGGCUUUCCACUAGAUGUUGGAACAUUGCUGUGGGGAAUUUCUUUCAUUCAGUCACAAGUGAUGUUGGGCGAUUAGGCCUGGCUCGAAGUCGGCAUUCCAAUUCAUCCCAAAGUUGUUAAAUGGGGUUCAGGUCAGGGCUCUGUGUAGGCCAGUCAAGUUCUUCCACACCGAUCUCGAUAAACCAUUUCUGUAUGGACCUCGCUUUGUAUAGGAGCCUUGUCAUGCUAAAACAGGAAAGGGUCUUUAUCAAACUGUUGCCACAAAGUUGGCAGCACAAAAUCAUCUUGAAUGUCAUUGUAUGCAGUGGCGUUAUGAUUUCCCUUCACUGGAACUAAGGGGCCUAGCCCGAAUCAUGAAAAACAGCCUCAGACCAUUAUUCCUCCUCCACCAAACUUUACAGUUGGCACUAUGCAUUGGGACAGGUAGCAUUCUUCUGGCAUCCGCCAAACCCAGAUUUGUCCAUCAGACUUCCAGAUGAUAAGGCGGGAUUCAUAACUCCAGAGAACGUGUUUCCACUGCUUCAGAGUCCAAUGGCGGUGAGCUUUACACCACUCCAGCUGACGCUUGGCAUUGCACAUCUGGGUGAUUUUAGUCUUGUGUGCAGCUGCUCGGCCAUAGAAACCCAUUUUUUUGUGAAGCUCCUGACUAACAGUUCUUGUGUUGACGUUGCUUCCAGAGGCAGUUUGGAACUCGUUAGUGAGUGUUGCAACCGAGGACAGACAAUUCUUACGCUUCAGCACUUGGCGGUCCCGUUCUGUAAGCUUGUGUGACCUACCACUUCGCUCCUAGACGUUUCCACGUCACAAUAGCAACACUUAUAGUUGACCGGGGCAGGUCUAGCAGGGCAGAUAUUUGACGAACUGACUUGUUGGAAAGGUGGCAUCCCAUGACGAUGGGAUGCCACCUGUCAAUAACGGGUGUGGCUGAAAUAGCCGACUCUACUAAUUUAAAGGGGUGUCUUUAUACUUUUCUGUUUAUAUAGUGUACCAAGCAUGUUAGGUUAGCAUGCAACUACUUAGCAUUUUCAUUAACGUUAGCAACAACAAAUUGGAAUAAGUAAAAUAUACGUAUUGCAUAUUCGUAACAUAUUGUACGAAUUGUAAUUCGUAGCAUACUAUACGCCAUACAAAUCUUAUUAUAUUGUACUACUCAUUUUACAUUUGUAGGCCACUGUAAUGUAACAAAGCAUACUGUAUCAUACUAAAGUGUGCGGUAUGGAUUUUUGUUACAUAUAGUACGUUUUGCUCUGACACCAAGUUGUCCCUCUGCAGUUCUCUGUGGGAAUGAGCUGGUAGACACGUGUAUCAGAUAGAGAUGGUGUGAUGAUUCGUUUUCACCAUUAGUUUGGGUGGAUUAUUUUUAACUACAUAACAACUUUUUUUAAUGAUAUGCAGGCUCUGAAAUGACUACAAGUGUUUAUUAAAAUGCCUUAGAAAACUCGAUUGAUUACUUUAGUCAUAGGUUAAUGUAUUUGGAUAACUGCAAUGAACUUAUUGAUCUGCCUACGAAAAAUAAACAUUCUACAUGAA